AUGUCAUCGUCAGAAUCAGAAUCAGUAUCUUCUGGCAAUCAUUUACCAGCCUCACCUCCCUCACCCUCCCCUUCAUUGUCUAGCUCAUCAUCUGGAUCAUCCGAAGCAAGCAAUGGCCUCUUUGCGCACCACACAAAUCUAGUAAUCAGGCUCAUGCACGAGACAUUUGGGAUUGAUGUGCCUAACCCAGGUGCCUACAUUCUCAGGCCUGGGACACCAUUCUCUCCGGAGCAAGUUAACCAAAUGUGGAAUAUACUAGUCAAUGUGCGCGAACAAGGUAAUGCAGCUGAUGUCGAUGCCCCUGACCAAGUCCAAGAGGCAGCACAAGCCCCCCAAUUCAACCCGGACUUACAGUGUCCACAAUGCAACAAGGUCUUCAAGACCAAGGCCACAUAUCGCCAGCACAGCCAAUCUGUGCACAUUGGCACGAAGUGCUACUGGCCUGGUUGCUCGUUAACAUUCUCGAGCGAAAGAGAGUUGAACAAACAUCUCAAGGAACAUAACACGCUUGCAUCCAACGGGGAUCCGCAGAAUAUGUUGACCUGCAAUUUCCCAGGAUGUGGAAAGGUCUGCACUAUGGCAGAGAUUGUCGCACGUCAUCUCCGUCGACAUAUUAUCGGAGCGCUGAACGCUUCACAGUCCUAAAUAUGGGUACCAUGGAAAGGAUAUCCCAUGUGGACUGAUAAGGGACUGAAUGCGCACCUGAAGGCCCACAAUGCCCAGGCAUCCGGAGAAGAUCCCAAAGGCGCGUAUAUAUGCCAUUUCUCGGGCUAUGGAAAGGAGUACACCAUGACGGAGAGCGUGGCUCGUCAUCUCCGCCGGCAUACAAUCGAAGCGCUGAAUGCUUCACAGCCUUAGAGGUACCUAGGAAAGGAUAGCCCAUG